UCUUAUCUAAUUAAAGGAGUACUUAACAAACAAAUUAUAGCCAUUCCAUUCAAAUGCCUUCAAAGCUUUUCAUCAAUGGCGCUAGCUUUGUCCCUAGCCAGCAACAAACCCUUUUCUCCAACAGAUUCCAGCUCCAGUUUAUCAGCUUACAGGAAGCAGCAAUCAAGUCUUUUCUUUCCUUUGAGAAACAAACAUAGGCGGCAGAGUCGGGCCCUAUGUAUCGUUAGUGGGUCAGAUUCCGGCGAAAGCAAUUCUCAAGAUGAUGAAGAAGAUAAUUUGGGGGUCAAAGCUGCAUUGUCAAUGCUCAAGUUCUAUAAAAGGGAAAUCUCACCAAUAAUGCCAAAAAGUUGUCGCUAUGUACCAACAUGCAGUGAAUACUCCAUGAUCGCUUACAAGAAAUAUGGUGUUGUUAAAGGGACAGUCUUGACGGCAUGGCGUCUUUGUCGCUGUAACCCUCUAGGAGGAUCUGGCUUCGAUCCCCCGAGAUGGUUUGGCGAGGAAAGUCCACCGCUGGAAUGACACUUGGUAUCAAAUAUAUGUACAGGUACAUGGAUUUUGGAAAUGCAAACUCAUGAUAUUGGAAAACAAAAUUAUUGUUUAUGGUAUUCAGUAAUGCAGGUCAUGGUAGCAUUCUUCUUUAGCUCAUAUCAAAAGGAAUGUGUUCACCGUUUCCAUCCAGUUCACUUCUGUGUCUUUUAAUAAUUUAUCUUCUAGUAGGUCCUAGACGAUCAGUUUGAGAAAAAAGUCUGUUAAUCAAUCAUGAAGGUUUCAAUGUUGUAUAGAAUGUGAGUCUUUGGUGUUCUUAGAGGGGGUUAGUACUUAGCAUUAGGGCAGCGCACCUAAACCAAACCUGCAGCAGCCCACAUUGAAAAUUUUCUACUUCAGUUACCUGGAGAUUCAUAUACCAAGGUUAAAUUCAUCAUUGUAAUAAAAUGACAGAUCAAGAAAAGUAACUCCUUAAAAAGAAAUGAAACUGCAUUUUCAGAAUUAUUCCUGAUUUGCUUCAGAAAA